AUGGUAACAACUGUUGUUAUACUCAAAGCCACGGGUAAAGGUAGGUUAUACAUAACGUUAUGGGAAAAGCGUUAUAUAUGUUAGACAAAGGUGAUAUAUGUGGUGAACAUAAAAAUUAGGUUAAGGAGAAUGUUUUUAUCUUAAAAACAGAUCUUAGAUUGAAUAAUAUGGCUUUUUGUCAAACAUAAAGUAUUCUCUUCUACUGUUAUAUUUUUAGGUAUGGGUGUAUACAAGUACUGUCUGCUUCAUGAAUUAGUGUGGAACUACUUGUUUGACAGUUUUAUGUGUUUGUGGAUCCCAAUCGAGUUGUUUCCUCUCCAAUGUUCGUAUAGUGCUGGUAUGUUUCGUCAUUUAAGUGGAAAUUACCAAAAGUUUGCUGUGAUUGCAGCUGGUUUCUUUUCAGUUGGCAAGGUCUUUGCUAUCUUUGUGGCUAUUACUUACAGGUAUUCACAGGUACGUUUAUGUAAGUUUUAUUUUAAAAGUUAAAAUAUUUUAGCACUAACUGAUUAUGUUUUGUUUACGAAUUUAUACGUGUAAGGUGAAGUACAACAUGAUUGUUAUAAUUUAUGUUUAAUUAACUCUAUAAACGUUUAGGUCUUGUGCUUUAUGACAAAAGUACUUUAA